AUGGCCGAAGCAGCAAAAGCAGCGGCCCGCCAGCUGCCCGGCUUCAGGCUGGGCAGAAAACAGGUCUUUCUCCCCAACCACGUCAUCACCCUCCUCCGCAAAGAACACCUCCCGCCCAACGAGGCCUGCUUCCAGGUACCGCUGCGCUUCACCAAGUUCGACCUCCGCGACUACCUGUGGAACCUAUACAACGUGGAGGUGACCAAGGUGCGGUCCUACGUGAAGCAACAGCCCCUCACGCAGCGAAACUCGCACUCGCGGUCGUGGUACCGCCCGCAGCCGCUGAAGGUGAUGACGGUCGAGCUGGCGAAGCCCUUCCAGUGGCCCGAGGCGCCCGCCGACCUGGAGCCGUGGAGCCACGAGCUCUGGCAGAAGAGGGAGGACUUGACGGAGAAGAGAAACGAGGAGCAGAUCAAGCAGCACAGGUUUGAGAUUGCAAUGAAGAGCAAGGAGGACAUGUCCAAGGAGAGGAGAGGGCUGAAGGAGCUGGCGGAGAGCAUGCUCAGGGGAGAAGUCAAGUGGGAUAACGGAGUGGCACUGGAUCCCAAGUGGGAUUCUGUGCCGAGGGAGGCGCAGAGCAGGGAUGCCGCCGCGGGCGCGUAG